UAUCGUGUAGUUUGGCUGAAUUUUUCUCCUUUAAUUGAUUUUAUUUAUCUUGGAUGUUGUUUAGUGGACUUGAUGAAAGAGGGCAGUACUGUAAUAUUGCGCAAUGCUAAAAUUGACAUGUUCAAGGGAUCAAUGAGGCUUGCUGUGGACAAGUGGGGCCGUGUUGAAGUCACUGAACCUGCUGAUUUCACUGUGAAGGAAGAUAAUAACCUGUCACUGAUUGAAUAUGAGCUUGUGAAUGUUGUUGAAGAGUGACUUUUCUGGACAGUGUUCACUUUCUUAUUACAUCCUGACCCAAAAAUAAAAUGAAAUGCAGAAAGAAAAUUACUAGUCUUUGGGGCCCCGUUCUCCCAAAUGCUCAUUAAAGUUCACUUUUAGGCAGAGGAAAUUUGGAAGCUAGUACUACCCAUGUUGUUUCUACCUUUGCAGCAGAUCCGCUGGAACCAUUGGUUGGACAUCCAAGCAGUUGGUGAAGGCUGCAGCCUGAUGAAGAUAAAGCAACUAGCUUUUAUUUGUUUACUGUCUAUUUGCUUUUGGAGAGUAAAAUGUUCUGUCUAUUAGAUUAUAUAUUUGAGAUUGAUAUUAUGAACUCCGUGACUCUAUCUCUAUACUCUGUAUAACCUAGCAUAAUUUUGCUUGCACAAUGUUUCUCUUUUCUUGUUCUCAUGCCGUCAGGUUAUAUAUCUGCAUUUGUCCAUCUGUAGUCAGUAUUAUAUGAAACAAAUGUGAUAAAUUUCCCUGAUUUCA